AAAACCGGUUUUUUCGGUACAACAGCGAAGGAGUGAACACUACCUGAGUAUUGUUGUGCAAAUCUUUAGGCAUCGGCCCUAAUUUUUAUUGUUUUCUGUUAUUUGGUGAGUCCAUUUAACGCAUCCAGUUAUAUAUCAGUUUUUGUGGCUGGUAGUUUCCUCCUCUUGGCCCUCUAACCUCAACCAUGGGGGACUCUUCGGGGGGCGAGGGCCCCCCGACGGUUAGUGCAGCACAAGAAAAUGACAGUUUAUCCAAUGAUUCUCAAAAUCGUCCGUUGAACGCCAUUAUUUGUAACAUUUUGCCACCGGAUUGCAAAAAAACUGCUGAAGAUAUUUCCAGGCUCCAGUAUUUUGAUGUGCCCUCAGCAAGACGCUGAAAUCCUGCGGGAAGUUGCCAAAAUCUCCGCAAACAUAAGGACAGUAAAUCGGAAAACAAAAUAUGAAAUCACCGACCAGGGGCCUUUUAUGGUGAUUCUGGAGGGGAUUACAAUUAAGGUGGGGACUCUUCAUCCUAUGAACUUUGGGAAGUUACUUCAAGCGCAGAAAGUUCAAGGUAUAUUGAAAAUUUCUAGAAAAGGAGCCAAUAAAAUCGGUUUGGAGUUUAACACCUCUGAGUCUGCAAAUAAAUUUUUAUCUAAUGAAACAUAUUCGACAGCUGGUGGGUAUAAUAAGUAUAUACCUCAAAGACUAGUCACUUGCCGAGGGUUGGUGAGGGACAUUGGUGACUUAAUUGAUGAGGAUGAUUUUUACUCUGAGGCAGAAGCCAAGGUUAACAUCGGAAGAUCGCUAAAGCGCGUUAAGAUUGUUAAUGUUCGCAGACUAACUAAAAGGGUCAAAUGCCCAGGUGUUCUGCCUGGCACUUUUGGUUUCAAGACAGUUCCAUCUAAUGAUUAUAUAAUAACAUUUGACGGUAAAACUCUCCCAGAAUCAAUCAGUAUCUAUAAAAAUGAGUGUUCAAUCGAAAAAUAUGUUAGUCCUGUUGUCUUAUGUAUGAAUUGUUGCAGGUUUGGUCAUUGGAAAAACCAAUGUAAAAGCAAGGGUAGAUGUAGUUUCUGCUCUGGAGAUCAUCCAGUAUUUCAUUGUGAACUGAAAGAACAGUUUUAUAAGAAGAAACCAUGCCCGACAGACCACUUAAAUCAUGAAGGUAAAUGCAGCCUGGGUAAUUGCGAAAUAUCUCCAAAGCCAACUUGCAUCCAUUGUAAAGGCUCUCAUCAGGCCACUGAUAGAUCAUGUCCGGAAAUGGACAGACAGAAGAAAAUCAAUGAGGCUAUGGCAUGGUACAACUUAUCCUUUUUUGAAGCGGCCAAACUCUUUCCAAGAGGCCCCAAAUCAAGUGAGUUUAAUCGCUCUAAUGAAAAUUUCCCUCCUAUUCAUAACACGGUUGCCCCCGUCUCUCAGCCUUCCCCUAGAUCUGCUUCUAAAACUUAUUCUGUCAUAGCAAAAAAGCGUAAGUCCCCCCAAAUAGAAUCAGGGUAUGAUAGGGACGCCCACAGGGAUUGUCUCGUGCCGCCGUUGACUAGGCAGAAGUUGAAUCACACUAGCAAAAGUCAAUCUUCUCCCUCAUAUUUAAAUGAUUUAUCAUCAGAGUCCGAGAUGGACACUGCUUCUCCAGGGGUUUCCUCCUCUGGUGAAUUUUGGUAUCGGUUUGAAAAUUUAAAGAAAAAAGUCUUGUCCAAUAUACCCAGUAAAAGUGCUUACCAUGAAAUUGAGAGUCUUUUUGACUCCCUGCCUCCUCCCGGAGGAUGCAGGUUUUAAUUUAUUAAUGUUCCCAGAUCGACAGUCAAAUCUUUCUGUUAAAAUUAGUAAUCUCUCAAUUAUUCAUUGGAACACUUGCGGUAUUAGAAGUAAUUGUGAUAGUAUUAUUAGACUUAUUCGUGACUUUGGUCCGGAUAUAGUCAUGAUUAAUGAAUCUUUUUUACUCCCAUGGGAAGAGACAUUUAUAUUUACCGAUGCCUCUAAGGGACCAGAUGAUAGAGUUGGCUUUGGAGUAUUUAUUCCGUUUCUCAAUGUUAGGGUCGGGCAUGGGUUGAAUAGCGCGUUUUGUAUUUGCUCUGCAGAAAUGGUAGCUAUUAGUUACGCCCUAGAUCUUAUAUUAGAUUAUAAUAUUAAACAGGCAGUAAUUGUCUCCGAUUCCAAAAGUGCCCUGCAGAGCUUCGGAUGCAGUGCGGUU